CACAAGCCUUUGGCACAAUGAAGUGGGUAACUUUUAUUUCCCUCCUUCUUCUCUUCAGCUCUGCCUAUUCCAGGGGUGUGUUUCGCCGAGAUGCACACAAAAGUGAGAUUGCUCAUCGAUUCAAUGAUCUGGGAGAACUACAUUUCAAAGGCCUGGUCCUGAUUGCCUUUUCUCAGUUUCUCCAGAAGUGUCCCUAUGAACAUCAUAUGAAAUUAGUCAAUGAAGUAACUGAGUUUGCCAAAACUUGUGUUGCUGACGAGUCAGCUCCAAAUUGUGACAAAUCAGUUGCCACUCUUUUUGGAGAUAAGGUAUGUGGCCUUCCAUCUUUUCGAGAGCACUAUCCUGAGAUGGCUGACUGCUGUGGUAAACAAGAACCUGAGAGACACGAAUGCUUCUUGCAACACAAAGAUGAUAGCCCUAACCUGCCUCCCUUAGUGAGACCCGAGCCUGAGGCCAUGUGCACCGCCUUUCAGGAAAAUGAGGGCCCAUUUUUGGGACAUUAUUUGCAUGCAGUGGCCACAAGACAUCCUUACUUCUAUGCCCCAGAUCUCCUUUACUAUGCUGAGAAGUACAAAGACGUGAUGACAGAAUGCUGCCAAGCUGCUGACAAAGGGGCUUGCCUGACACCAAAGUUAGAUGCAUUGAAAGAGAAAGCACUGGCUUCAUCAGCCCAACAGAGAUUCAAGUGUGCUAGUAUGGAGAAAUUUGGAGACAGAGCUUUCAAAGCAUGGUCACUUUCUCUUCUGAGCCAGAAAUUUCCCAAAGCUGACUUUGCAGAAAUUUCCAAGAUUGUUAAGGAUCUGACUGAAGUCACCAAGGAGUGUUGCCAUGGCGAUGUGCUUGAAUGUGCAGACGAUAGGGCGGACCUUGCCAAGUAUGUAUGUGAAAAUCAGGAUUCAAUCUCCAGUAAGCUGAAGGAGUGCUGUGACAAGCCUGUGUUGCAGAAAGCCCACUGCAUUGCUGAGGUGGACAAAGAUGACAUGCCUGCUGACCUAACCCCCCUAGAGGCUGAUUUCGUUGAGGAUAAAGAUGUUUGCAAGAACUAUGCUGAGGCAAAAGAUGUUUUUCUGGGCACAUUCCUGUAUGAGUAUUCAAGAAGGCACCCUGACUAUGCUGUCAGUAUGCUGCUAAGACUCGCCCAGAAAUACGAAGCCACCCUGGAGAAAUGCUGUGCCGAAGCUGAUCCUCCUGCCUGCUAUGGCAAAGUGUUUGGCGAAUUUAAGCCUCUUGUGGAGGAGCCUCAGAAUUUAGUGAAACAAGCUUGUCAGCAGUUUGAGAAGCUUGGAGAAUAUACAUUUCAAAAUGAGCUUAUAGUUCGUUACACCAAGAAAACACCUCAGGUAGCGACGCCAACUCUUGUGGAUGCUGCAAGAACCCUAGGAAAAGUGGGCACCAAGUGUUGUGGUCUUCCUGAAACAGAGAGACUGCAUUGUGUUGAAGACUAUCUGUCCCUGGUGCUGAACCAGUUCUGUACGCUGCAUGAGAAGAACCCAGUGAGUGAGAGAGUCACUGAAUGCUGCACUAAGUCUUUGGUGAGCAGGCGACCUUGCUUCAGUGCGCUGCCAGUGGAUGAAACCUAUGUUCCCAAAGAGUUCAACGCUGAAACGUUCACCUUCCAUGCUGACUUUUGUGCACUUCCAGAGAUGGACCAACAGCUCAAGAAACAAAUGACAAUUGCUGAGUUGGUGAAACACAAGCCCAUGGCCACGGAGGAGCAACUGGCCACUGUUGUGGGGAAAGUCUCAGCUUUUCUGGAUAAGUGCUGCAAGGCUGAUGAUAAGGAGGCCUGCUUCGCUGCAGACGGCCCAAAGGCUGUUGCUGAAAGUCAAGCUGUCUUUGCUUAAAACAUCAAAAUCACAACCAUCUCAGUCUUCCCUGAAAAAAGAAGAGAAAGAGAAAUGAAGAGUCAGAGCUAUCAUUUGCCUGUCUUUUCUGUUGGUCUAAAAUCACCACUAUCCAAGAAAUACACAUUCCUGGAAUAUUUGACUCCUUUUCUCUGUAUUUCAAUUAAUAAAAAGAAAAACAAAUAUA